CUGAAUUGUUACCUACAGUUUUAGACCCAGUGCACCGUAAAGAUCUUAAUCGCAUUUUAAAUAAGCACUUACGUUCUGGAGCAGAAACCGUUUUCUCACCACUCAGGUAGAAACAAUACAUUGGGCCAAGUUAAUACAGUUUAUUUGCCACAGUCGAUCUAUAAACGUCGCUCAACUUCUACACUGAUAAAUUUGCCCCAAAGCAAACUGUUCUCUGUUUAAGUUUCGCACGCUGAUAAUUUCAAAAUUGGCCAAAAUAAACAGACCGUCUACAAAAUGUGGUCCAAACUGAGUUGCUGUUUUCUAUUGUUGGCCCUCUCGCUGGUGUCGGCCAAUGAACUCAAGGAUCUGCUGGAGGAUACCACAACAACAACAGUUGCCACAACAACAACUGUUACCACUCCCAGUGCAUAUGUCAUCUCAGCAGCAGCUGUGCCCGCCUUUAAUGCUGCCACGCCCAAGGUCAAGUCGAAGCUUGCCACAGUCAAAUACUUCAACAAGAGUUCUCCGAAAAAGCGUAAAGCCGAGGAAGUCUCCUCGCUGCCGCUGCCCGUGGACUCCGACGGACAGCUCGAGUGGAAGUGUCCCAAUAUUUCGGGAUCUCGCAGUGCGGAACUCGAAUGCGGCUGCGACUUGCCACACACGCUGCGUUGCAACAUCGAUCUGCAUGGUCUUCUGUUGCUGGCUGAUAGAUUGCGAAGUUCUCCCUAUUCCAUCUCGCUGCUGGACUGUUCUCUGAGGAAUGUGACCUUCCUGAGUGAUGCCAAGAUCUUUGAUGGCAUCUCGUUGCAUGGACUGGUCAUCUCAUCCGGGGAAAUUAAGCGUGUGCACAAAUCCGCUUUCUUAGGGAUCAAAGGACCUUUGCAGGCUUUGGGUUUACCAGGAAAUGCACUCCUGAGUGUGCCCUGGAAUGCAUUGUCCACAUUGGGCGCCUUGGAGCGUUUGGAUUUGGCCAACAAUAAGAUCAAAGCCUUGGGCACAGCGGACUUUGUGAGUCUGGGAAAUCUUGUGUAUCUGGAGCUGAGCAGCAAUCAAAUCUCGAGCAUCUCCCAACGCACUUUCAUCAGUCUUCGCAAGCUGGAGGUUUUGAAGCUGGGCGGGAAUCGUCUGGGAGAUUAUCCACAAAGUCUAAAGGCGCUUAGCCAAUGUUUGGCACUGCGUCAACUCGAUUUGACGGCCAACAAUUUGAAUGGUCCUCUAACUGAACAAACGCUGCCGGGUCUACGUAAUCUGGAGAAUCUGAAUUUAAAUCGAAAUAUGAUCAAGAGCAUUCAGAAUAAAGCACUGGCGAAUUUCUCCCGUUUGGUCAGUCUCUCUCUGCGUCACAAUCAGAUCGAUGUGCUGCAGGAUCAUGCAUUUUAUGGAUUGGGAGCACUCGAUAUUCUGGAUCUCAGCUACAAUGGCAUUGUGGCCAUUUCGAGUUCAUCUUUACAACAUUUAACCCGGCUGACAGUUCUGGAUUUAACGCACAAUUUUCUGCGUGCUCUCACCUCGGAUCUGAUAGCUCCGCUUCCUUCUCUGCGAGAACUUCGUCUCGCCGGCAAUGACAUCUCCAUUGUGGCUCGCAAUGCCAUGGAUCGGGCCCAUGAGCUGCAGAGCCUGCAGAUGCAGGAGAAUCCCUUGUCCUGCGACUGCAGCAUUCGAGCUUUUGCCGAGUGGCUGCAGGUGUCCAAGCUCUCCUCCAGCCUGAGUGCAUCCUGUGUGACGCCACCGAGACUGGAGGGUGCUCCCCUGCUGCAGGUGCCCGUGGAGACACUCACCUGUGACAUGGACAAUGUCGAGAAGGAUAAUGCCAAUAUCAUGGAGCAUCUGGAGACGCUGGCCAAGCCAAAUCAGACUACAUCCCAUGUUAAAGACUUGUCCGAAGAGAUUAUACUCCAUGAACUGCAUUACUCGGCGGAUUAUGGCCUCAUUCUCACCUGGCUGCUGAAUCUUAGCAAGAAGGAUUACAUGUGCGAUGCCAUCUUUGUGUACAAGGAGGAAAACAUCAAUGAGAUACUCAUAGACAAUUCACCGAUUCAUUGCGAGAGCAAGGUGGUCAAUGGACAGAAUACAGUGAGCGUCAUUGUGCCCGACAGCUCCUCCCUGGACAUUGGAGAAAGCUAUCGCUUCUGUCUGGUCAUGGUGCAGGAGCAGAAUCCGAAGGCGGAGCUCAACAUUGGCUGCUCCAACAUCACCCAAUUGCAGUUGAGUAGUUCGGGAUCGGAGUCCGUGCCGCGUCUGUAUCAACGUCGACCUUAUUACACACCCCAUGAGCACGAGAUGGAGCAUGUUGCUGGCGAGGAUUAUCAGCUGAAUAAGCGGCAAUUUAAUAAUAUUGCUGGCAGUCAACAACAAACAACGGUUCAUCAGGCGUCGACGCCAACAUUACUACAAAGUUACGAUGUCAUUGAUUCGCUGAACAAGAGUUUUCUGCCAGGAUUGGGUUUGGGCAUCCUGGUCACCUCGGUUGUAGUUUUGAUUUGGGGCGCCACCAGAAUUCGUCGAAGUGUGAGUGUGGGAAAUGCAGGUGAUACAAGUCUCAGUCACAGCAGCAGCAUUCACAACAAUAACAACAACAGCAGCAGCAGCAGACCUGCCACGCCCACAGCCACCACUUGCUAUGCCGCCUCCGAUCAUAUAGCUCGCAUGGCGGAUGCGGAGAAUGGGACACGUUACCUCAAGCUCCAGGCAACGACGAGUCUCUGAGAACUCACUCCAGUUCUCGGAAUUGAAUCUUGUGAUAGUACAAGCAGCAUUAGGCAUCUUGCUUGUACCGAUAUUAUAUAGAUAUAUAACCCUAACUAUAACUAUAUAUACAUAUAUGCUUAUAGAUACGCGCUGUAGUUAGAAUUCCUGCACUAAUCCAAAUACUUGGCCUAAACACUUACCAAAUUGUGCCAUAAACUAACACACAAUUAAUUCGAAACUUAUGCAGAAUUUUGGCAUUCUUUAUAUAUCCAAUAUUUUGAAAAGUUUUUUUUAUAAAUAUUCAUUCUAAGCUAUCUUUAUCUAUACUUCAGUGUACUUAUAAUGUCAAUACAACCCGGAAUAUAUAUUAUAAUUUGGA